AAGCACAAAGACAAUACAUCACAUUUAACUUUAUAAUGAAAUUUAAACACAUACCGUUAUAUACAAUAUUGUGGAUUUUAGAAGUUCUGGGCAGUGCUGUAGGAAAUAUUAUCGUGUCAACAAAAAGCGGUGAUGUAGCUGGAUAUACUUUAGACAUCCAGGGUCACAACUCUGUCGGUAGCCAGGUCACAAGUUUGAACAUAUUUUUAGGCAUACCAUACGCCGAACCACCGGUUGGAAAACUGCGAUUUGCAAGACCUGUUUCGAAACGGCCGUGGUCUCCGACGCGCCUGGAUGCGCUCAGGUUUUCGCCAGCAUGUCCGCAACCUGUAUGGUUUCUUAGAAGAUACAGUUUCUUACCAACUUACAACAAUACAGAUGAAGAUUGUUUGUAUCUCAACAUCUAUGCACCACACAACUCGGCGGAUCCUGACUUAAAGUAUCCAGUACUGAUCUGGAUCCACGGAGGAUCAUACAAAUAUGGGUCUGGUGCUGAAUACGAUGGACGAAUUCUUGCACAAGAAGGUGUCGUUGUCGUCACAAUAAACUACCGUGUGGGAAUUAUGGGGUUUCUAUCAACUGACGACGAUGUGGCUCCCGGAAACUAUGGUCUGUUAGACCAGCUAAUGGCACUGAAAUGGGUCAAAGAUAAUGCUGUACAUUUCCAUGGAGACCCUGACAGAAUCACAAUUGCUGGUCAGAGUGCUGGUGGUGGGAGUGUUUCACUGCACAUGUUCUCUCCGUUGGCAAAAGGCUUAUUCAAUUCCAUGAUUCCUCAAAGUGGCUGUGCGCUCAGUCCAUGGGCUAUAUACCGCCCGCCGCAUAAGAUUCAGACCUACACACAGUCCAUAGCAAUGUCUGUUGGUUGUACCGCAAGCACCUCCAGUGAUAUGAUUGCCUGUCUUCGCUCAAAGGAUGCAAAUCUGCUUGUGGACACAAAGGUUGAGGCGCUCCCGAUGAUUUCGACAUUUGCUCCACGUGUUGAUGGCUUUUAUAUACACGACUUACCGGAAGUUUUGCUGGAACGUGGGGACUAUCUCCACCAUAUCAACGUUAUGAAUGGAUUUCUACCAAAUGAAGUUUCAGAAGACUAUGAAUCUGAACCGGGAAUUGCCCAUGGAUUGACAAGAUCUCACUUAGAGCAGUUGUUCUAUAUAAAGAGCAGACGGUAUCUGGCCAACGCUGCCGAUAUGUACUCCGCCUUGAAAUGCGCGUAUCCGCCUGGCAACAAGAACACUGCACUCAAUAGGGACCAUCUAAUAAAUAUGAACUCGGAUUAUGGCUACGUUGUACCGCAUAUCAAACUAUCUUAGACGUUGUCGACAAAAGGAGAAAACGUAUGGUUAUACGAGUUCACAUACAGGUCGCCCAAUACGUUAAAGGAAAAUUGGAUAGGAGUUCCGCACGCAGAAGAGCUGUACUACCAAUUUGGCGCUCCGUUCUUUGACGUCACACCUUGUCCAGGCUCACGCGCCGUCACGUGUCCUGUCACCUGGGGUAAUUACCAACCGUGGGCACUUGGCGAUAAACAAGUCAGUCUCGAAACAAUGAAAUUGUGGGCAGAUUUUGUAAGGCUUAGGAACAGUAGCACAGUAUUUCCUUCUGCUGGAGGGAAAUCUCAAAACUGGGUGCAGUUCUUGCCAGGUGAUAAUCUCCUGAACAUAAAUACAACCAUAACAGAAGAACAUCUCCGAAGAUCCAGCGGUGUUCGAUUCUGGUCAAGUUUCAACUACCUUAACCUCACAGAGCCUGAGCCUGUACCGGAUGUCUGCCAUUCUAAAUCCGGUAUACUUGUAGGAAAAUAAAAUUAAGAUAAUUUAGACAUUUACUUUUUUUGAAAAUAUUGGGCUCAACGCCAGGUAAUAAGGUAUACGCUCCUCUUUAACCAACCGGACACCCGUCCAGAGACAGUAUCAUACGCUUCAGCUAUAACCAACAAAACCUUGACCUUUGACCUACUAACCCCAAAAACAGUAGGGGUCAUCUACUUCAUAAGAAGACACCCGUCUAGAGACACAUCAUACGCAAAUGGUCACCUCAGAAUUACUGUUCUUCAGCUAUAACCAACAAAAUGGUUUCCAUUCAAAACGUCCCGACUGACAGCGGCGAGGGGCAAGUAUAUAAUCGUUUAUUUUACGUUAUCAGUUAUACUUUGUUACUUGGAAUCUUUUGGCAUUACCGCUCUAUUUAUUCAUAUACGCUCUAUUCAUUCAUAUAAGAACACAUAUAAAAAGACACCGCGCACAGUCACAGAUACCUUAAACAAUCUGAAAUUGAA